UCCGCUCGGGAUAAGUACGCCGUGUGGUCGCCACAGGGCAAUUUUUCUCGCCUUGUAAUUUUUUUUUAAUCUUUCUUCCUUUCAUGUUUCUCUUUUGUUUCCUCUUUCACCUCAUUGUUUUAGCGAAAGCCCAAUCACUAUGGAAAAGUGUCCACAUGAAGGUGAAGACGGGAAUCAAGGAUUAACCCGGAAGCAGUGACCCAGGAAAUGAAAGUGAUUCCGUGCCUUUCCGGCUGAAAUGUACCGGGUUAGAGAAGGUUCCGACCUCAUUUAUUUUCCAUGUUCCCGUCUUAUGGGAUCACUCCAUAUUACCGGGUUUCACAGUGCGGCUGACACGUGCUGCCCGCGCCGGGAUUUUUGUCGCGCCUGACGCGCGGACCCUGAGAGUUGUUGGAGGGGACCAGGGAUUCUGUUAGCGGUGGUCGGCGGCGGAGAAAGCUUGCUGUUCUCAGAUGCUGAGAUGAACCGUCACCUCUGUGUUUGGCUCUUUAGACAUCCAUCUCUUCAUGGUCAUCACCAGUGCCACAUCCACCCCCUUUUUUAUCAAUUUACACAGAUACAUCUUGAUACAAGGCUGGGGGUUUUUAGACAAAACAGGAAUCACCUUCUCUAUAGUCUGUUAAAUAAGAAUUGCUCUAAGAGAUUCUGUCAUCAAAACACCAAGAUGCUCUGGAAGCAUAAAGCAUUACAGAAAUAUAUGGAGGACCUGAAUAAGGAGUACCAAACACUUGAUCAGUGUUUGCAGCAUAUCUCUGUAAAUCAAGGGGACCAAAGGUCCUUGAAUCAAAGACAUGCUGAGUUGGCACCACUUACAGCCAUUUACCAAGAAAUUCAGGAGGCCGAAAAAGCAAUUGAAGAAUUAGAAUCAAUGUGUAAAAGUCUAAAUAAACAAGAUGAAAAGCAGUUACAAGAACUUGCAUUGGAAGAGAGGCAAACCAUUGCUCAAAAAAUUAACAUGUUAUACAGUGAGCUUUUCCAGAGUUUAGUGCCAAAGGAAAAAUAUGACGAAAAUGAUGUUAUUUUAGAGGUGACAUCUGGAAGAACUACUGGAGGUGAUAUCUGCCAACAAUUUACCCGGGAAAUAUUUGACAUGUACCAGAAUUAUUCAGGCUAUAAACACUGGAAAUUUGAACUUCUGAAUUAUACACCUGCUGAUUAUGGUGGACUACAUCAUGCAGCUGCCCGAAUUUCUGGUGACAAUGUCUAUAAGCAUUUGAAGUAUGAAGGUGGGAUUCACCGAGUUCAGCGAAUCCCUGAAGUGGGCCUGUCGUCAAGGAUGCAGCGUAUUCACACAGGAACAAUGUCAGUUAUUGUCCUUCCUCAACCACAUGAGGUAGAUGUGAAAGUGGACCCUAAGGAUUUGAGAAUAGAUACAUUUCGAGCCAAAGGAGCUGGAGGCCAGCAUGUUAAUACAACUGAUAGUGCUGUCAGACUUGUCCAUGUCCCCACAGGGCUUGUAGUAGAAUGCCAACAAGAACGAUCACAGAUAAAAAAUAAAGAAAUAGCUUUGCGUGUGUUGAGAGCUAGACUUUACAAACAGAUGAUUGAGAAAGAGAAAUGUCAACAACAAAGUGCUAGAAAACUACAGGUGGGAACAAGAGCCCAGGCAGAGAGAAUUCGGACAUAUAAUUUCACCCAGGACAGAGUCACUGACCACAGGAUAGCAUAUGAAGUUCGUGACAUUAAGAAAUUUUUAUGUGGGGAGAAGUGCCUGGAUCAGCUAAUUCAGAGACUGCUUCAAUCAGCAGAUGAAGAAGCUGUUAUUGAGUUUUUGGAUGAAAAUCUUAAGUCAACAAAAUGCUGAUUUAUUAUUUACUAGAGGCCCGAUGCACGAAAUUUGUGCAAGAGUAGGCCUUCCUACCCCUGGCUGCUGGCACUGGCUUCCCUCUGGCACCCAGUCAGGCAGGCACCCAGGACCCAGGCUUCCCUCACAGCCCCGGCUUCAUCUGGAAGGUCAUCCGGAAGGACGUCUGGUCUAAUUAGCAUAUUACGCUUUUAUUAUUAUAGAUUAUUACAUAAGUGAAAUGGACCUAUGUCAGAGGCAUGGGAAUCUUUGAGACUAUUCAUAAAGUACAGCUAAAAAUGCACAAUAAUUAUACAUGUUUUUGUUUUUCAAUCCUUACCUGAGAAUAUGUUUAUUGAUAUGAGAGAAAGAGAGAGAAACAAACAUUGAUGUGAGAAACAUUGAUCAGUCGCCUCACACAUAGGCUCCAACUGGGGAUCAAAACCGCAACCUAGGUAUGUGCCCUGACCAGGAAUCGAACCCACAACUUUUGGGUGUACAAGAUGAUAAUCCAACCAACUGAGCCACCCAAUCAGCUUACGAAUGUGUUUUUUAAUGAAUCAAU